UAAGAUCCUGACUGGGACUAGGACUAGUAGUCUUUGCACUGGCUCCCGGUUAAGCAGCUUGGGCAUUUUGCAAAAGGGUAAUAGGGUAGGCUAUUAGACAUUGAAUGUUAAAAAAAAAAAAAAAAAAAAGCUGUUGAAAAUUUCCAGUUCCACUACUUGGGAGUUGUGCAAAUAUUUUUUUUUGAAACAACAAUGUAUUGCAUAUGAGGGUUUUCUAUUUAAGUUUUCACAGAGACUUUAUUUGAAUAAACAACCACUAUAUCCCCACCAGGUGUACUAUUGUUGCAAUAACAAGCAGUCAUUAUAGUAUUCUUGAUUCACCAUCUGAUCAUAUCAUUUAUAAUUUUCUCUGUCAUAUGUGCUGCAUGAGUACAAUACCCCAGUGCAGUAUGGGCGUGGAGUUAACUUGAGUUGUAUAAAAAACAAAGGUGGGGCAGAUUAGGUGCCAGAAGCUGACUAGCACAACAUGGCAGCAACGAAAGCAGGCAAAAUCUUGAUCACUGAAGCCAAACGGGGCUUGGGCUUAGAAAUGAUUAAGCAACUCUCUGAGAACUCUUGUCCCAAUCAGCAUAUUUUUGCUGCCUGUCGUGACCCAGAUGUGCCAAAUUCAAAGGCAUUGAGAGAACUGGCGAGAAAGCAUCCAAGUGUUAUAACUAUCAUACGUCUUGAUGCUGAUGAUCCAUCCAGUGUCAAAGACUUUGCCAAGAAAGUGGGAUCUCUACUGGGAAACAAUGGUUUGAACCAGCUUGUGAAUAAUGCUGACAGAAAAAGAAAGCUGAUAGAAAUAGAAAGCAUUACAGAUGGAGUAUGUGUUAAAAUUACUUAAAUAAUUAUUUAUCUUUCUUUUAUGUAGGAGUACCUACCGUAUCUACAAAUGGCAGCAAAAGCGAGCGGGACACCAGGAAUGUCCUCUAAUAAAGCAGCUGUCAUGAAAAUCUUCUCUGUGGUGGGAUCCAUCAGCACAAUGCCUUCCAUAUAUGAGCAAUUCCCAACGUUGCCAUAUGGCGCGAGCAAGGCAGGUUGUAACAUGCUGACUGUGUUAGCUGCUGAAGAGUUUAAGGCGGAUGAGAUCCUCUGCAUGGCCCUUCACCCAGGAUGGGUGAAAACUGAACUGGGUGGAAGAGAUGCAACCAUGAUCAUAUGAUAAGAGCAGGUCAUUUGUAACUCUAAGGAGAGCAGUCUCAGUACUAUGAUACGGUCUAAAUCCUGACUGGAAAUCCUCACAGAUACCAUUUUUCUCUAAGAAGGAAUAUAAUUGUGA